AUGUUUCCUCAUAAAGUCCUUGGAUCUUUCGCCGACAUUCCUGCUGUUAUUCGCAUCGAUGAUGUGAGUUUUGAUUCAACUGUAUCAUUGUCUUUUCUGCAUGAUCGCAAUGUUCCGUGUUCCAUCAUCAAUCAUGAUGGAGUCGCAGUGGAAUCUGCUUUUGGGCCUGUGCGUGUUCCUACUGUCGAUGGUUGGUACAAUUCUCGACAGACAUUUCGAUCUGGCUAUUUGAAUGGGUGCGACGUCAAGUUGGGCUGUGAUUGGCUUGCAUUUGUGAAUGCAAAGUCUGAUGGCAUACGAUUCCUUCGACCUUCGGAUUUAGACGUUGCCCGGCUUCCUGAUGGUCAUAAUAAUCUUUCACCCUCUUCGUCUGUUAUCUCUGAUAAAGAAGAAGAUUUAACUACCCAAGCGGGUUUAUGUUUAGCUGCCCAAGCGGGUUCUUCUACUGCAACCCAAGCGGGUUCUUCUACUAUAACCCAAGCAGGUUCAUCUCUCGCAUCUUCACCUAUACCUUCGCGAAAUGAACAUGUUGUCGAUAAUUUUUUCGGUGGUUAUGAAAGCUUGUCGAGAUCAAGCCUGAGUGAAUUGGCAGUUGCACAUGGCCUUAAAGUGAAUCCUAAUGUAUCUAUGGAGGAUUUGCGUCAGGCUAUAUCUCGUCAUGUUGGCACAGGAUGUUGUGGUUCUCAUGUAUUGCAACAUUUUGAGGGCUGCGAAUCGAUCUGUCAAGGGCUUGACAUGUCUUGCGGUGGUGAGGAUACCGUGCUUUCUGCGAGGAUAGCGCUUUUGACUGCUAUAUUGACAACUACGAAAUGA